ACCGGCUCACUCCAGUCAGAGCGUGGUGGUGUUUCGUUUCGCCCUCUUUCGUCGCCGCUCCCAUUCUUCAACUUCGGAUAGGGAAUAUUCUUCCGCUCAUUGUGAGGUUGUCCCUUAAAAAUACGUCAUUGGCGUAACGACUCCUUGUAAUGGCGACCGUGCCGUAGAUGUGCCUAGGUUUGUGAAGAUGAAGCGAAGAAGAAGUUAUUUCUUUUAAGUAAAACGCCGAGUUUCCCCCGAGGACUACUUUGCGUCUGCAACCAUCAUCCUUGAAAGAGGUAAACUUAGCUGUACUUUUGAACUUUGGUGACCGCAAAAUGAUGAAGCUUAAGUCCAACCAAACCCGGACGUACGACGGGGAUGGCUACAAAAAGCGGGCCGCCUGUCUGUGCUUCAGGAGCGAGGCUGAGGAGGAGGUGCUGCUAGUGAGUAGUAGUCGACAUCCUGACAAGUGGAUAGUUCCUGGAGGAGGAAUGGAGCCCGAGGAGGAGCCCAACGUUGCUGCAGCUCGAGAAGUUUGUGAAGAGGCCGGUGUGAAGGGGACUUUAGGUCGCUUAGUUGGAAUAUUUGAAAACCGGGAAAGAAAGCACAGAACCUACGUUUAUGUUCUUAUUGUAACGGAAGUGCUGGAAGACUGGGAGGACUCGGUUAACAUCGGCAGAAAAAGGGAAUGGUUUAAAAUAAACGAUGCCAUACAAGUGUUGCAGUGUCACAAGCCUGUGCAGGCCACCUACUUUAAGGCGCUCCAGGAGAGUUGCCUGACCAGUAAUGGAACACCAUUGGUGACCACGAUAGGUGGGGACCUUUCACCUACCUACAGCAUCAAUCAGAGCUCAGUCUCGGGUAUCAGAUAACUAAAGAGCAUCAUGCUCAAACCCAAGGAGCUUUUGCCACCACCUGCGCUCUUAUGUGUGUCACGUCUCUUUCUUCUCUUUUUUUCUAUCUCGCUCCUAUUUCUUCUGUCUCAAUAACAUGGUUUGCCUUGCCAACUUAUUUGUGCCAGGACUUUGGCACAGACUUGAUGACAAGUGUUGGGUAAAUAGUCGAAAACACUUUGUAAAUCUAAAUGUAAUUUUGGAACCCUCUUCAUUUUUGUUCCUUUAAAUUUUUACUGACAACUGCAUGAAGUGUGCCCUCAAACCCCUUCUCCUUAUGUGCCCUUAGUGUGGUGUUUAUUGAAUGCAAGAACUACUUUUUACUGUUGUAAUGUAAAGUGUAAACUUAGUGCUCAAGCAAAGGCUUUUGUGGUCUUUUUAAUGUCUCCUUCAUUCAUUUUUUUAAAGGUUUUUCUGUGAAUGAAUGUGCCCAUGCCCUCCCUUUGAAAAGGAUAGGAAUUGCUGUGUGCAUCCGAACUGAACUGUGGAAAGUGUCUUGCAUGAGCACGGUGAUGUUGUGUCUCACGCACUCGAGUGACCCGAUAAUGACCGAACAACAGACUUGUGGUGAAAUCGUCAGGCUUGUUUUUUUCUUUUUCUUCAUUCUUCUUUGUGGUGUAGUUGAUGUCUUUUUAACCCGAAUGAUGGAACCCUUCAGCAUUUUUUUCCAACUCCAGUAGCCUUUUAAGUGUCUACUGUUUCUCUUCAUUGAGAGGCCAGCCAAGCACUACAGGUUUCACUUCUAAGAGUAUUGAAUACAUUGUACAGAGUACAGGAAUGUCAAAAAAGAACCACCUUUAUCCUCUGUUUUUUACCUCCUUUUGAUCCAUUUUGUUUCUCUUUUUUUAUGCUUUCUUGUGACUACAAAGUCUUCCUCCACAUACUGAGGUGGUAAAAGUAGAUUUAAGCAUCUCUGACGUUGAUAAUGGCGUACAUAUCACUUUAAGUUAUUUAAACCCCAUGUCCACAUUUUCCUCUUCACAUUCAGUUUUGGUUGAAAGCAAUUGUUUACAUUGUGUUCUCAACAUAGCACAUUUUGUUUUAAGAGGGCGCGUUUUAAUAUACAUUUUUUCUUUUUAUUAAUACAUUUUCAUCUUUCUGAUUUAACCCAGCAUCCCCUCAAAAACUGUCAUGACACCUGCUUGACUAUGAAAGUAAUGGCUCCUUAAUGCCGUUUUUGGCAAGAUGCAGAGCAAGCCUUGUACAGUUUGAGAGCUUGUUUUUAACCUGUAAAAUGCUUUUGAAUACUUUUCCUUUUUUUUUUUGUAAUUUGUAUUCUGACGUCUGGCAAAAGUCUCUUCAGCUGAGCUGCAGCCAUUGGCCUCGGCGUGUUGUGGGUCAGUCGGCUCAAUACUGUGAAACAUGAGGCGCUGUAGAUAGCAUGUAAGAGGUUUUUAUUGUAGAUUGUUUAUUUCUGUACAGAUCAAAAGUGAGAGUACACAUGAAAAAACACCUGUUCUGCAUCUGUGAGUGCUACAUGAUCCUUACAUCCUAGGCUGGAAUUGGACUGAACUUUUUGGAUGGUUUAUGAAACUGCUGAAAAUGUGGGUGUGAGGUAGAUCAUAAUACACCUAAAGCUGGAGAAAAAAAGAAUGUGGAUAUGGGUGAGAUCAAAUGGGCUAUUUAUAAAAAAAAUCAUAAAAAAUUCAUCUGUAAAGUUGGGUAUUGCUCUUGUUUUUGGUUCAAUUGUAAAUUAAAGCACAAAUCCCUUUUUACUUUAUUUUACUACAAAAUUGAGAUGUCCGCCACCUAGAAGGCCCUCUUGCUUCAUUUCCUGUUAAGGUUUUUGACCCAUAAGCUCUUUACAAAAUGUUCAGUGGUUUUCUAUUCAUUUCAAAAUGUUUGAUCAAAUGUUAUCUGAUUUUGAUACAGAUGGAGAGCAGGAAUAUUAUGCCCACCCUGAAUUUCAACACAUAAAUUGCAUAAUCUGAAUCAGAUUUAGUCACUAGUAAAACUUUUGAUAAUUAAGGGAAAAAAAGUCCCCAAAAAUGAUACUAUACAAAAAAUAGUGUUCAAUAAAACCCCUUGUUAAAGGUUUAGAAAAACUGGAAACAUGAAUAAAAAAUACAUUUGUUUGGCUAAACCUUUGGUGUUUAAUAUAAACAAUAAACUUUGCUGAAUAAAAUUGUUUUGAAAUAUUUUUUUUUCCUGGUAAAAUACAUUUUCUAAUCUUGAAAAGUCAAAGCACACUUGCAUUGUAUCUAUUAUAACAAAAUGUUUAAUAAAUCAGUUUUAUAAAAAAAAAUAAUAAUUUACCCUGGAGACAUACUUUUAAAAUUUUUCCUUUCAGUUAUCUGGUUGCUUGAUUUGAUGGAGUUCCACUCAAACUGCAGCUAAAUGUCUACAUGCUCCCUGCUGAGUAUCUUUAUAGCAGAGUGUCAAUUCAUGUGGGUCACAUGAAUAAAUAUGCACAGAAAACCCUAAACAGGAAAAGUUCACUUUUAGUUACUAAUAUUUCACCUCCAAAUCAAAGUUUAUUUUGAAAAUAAACAGGCUAUUUUUUUCUUCUUCUCUAGAGGCGACACGUAUAACCACCACCGGCUUUGACCAUUUUCUAAGUACACUUUGAUAUGGAAUUUUUUCGAUUUCGUAUUUUCUCAGUACAGUUGGGAUCAAAAGUUUCUUCCUGCCUGAGAGUUACCGCUAAAAGGCGUGGUGGCCAAAGUUUAGUUUUAUGAUGUCCCACCGCCAGAUAAUGUGCUGAUUAGGAUUCUUUGACUAAUACAUUGUUCACAAAAUGAAACGUAACCCAGAGUAACUGAUCUAAGCCCACUUUGGCUCCACUAAUGUGCGUGACCAGUACUGUCAAAAUGAAUGUGAGGUUUCAGUAUCUUAACAGCCAGCUAUGGAAUGAUUAAUGACCACUUGCAGUUACGCUUGUUUUUCUGCUUAAUUCUUAGAUCAGUUGUUAUUGACAAGCUAAUGACUUAAAUAGCCAACACUGCAUCCUUGUCUUUAGAGCGCAUACCGGAGCAUUUGUCAGUAAAGGACUACUAUCAACUUUAUGUGGAGUUACCAUGUUUCAAACCUAUCCCCUUUGUCAUCCAAAUGUCUCCAUUAAAGGCUUCAUUUCAUUUGAUUAAAAAAAAUCUCUUUCUAACCAAAGGAUGAAGGAUUAGUUUGUCAUCGACUCCACCUUCUGGCCAAAGUAUUACCAUCACUCGGAAAAUGAAGUUUGUAAUUCUUUCAUCAGCUGUAUGGCUGCAAAUCAAUAUGAAGACCAGAUAAUCCAGCUGCAAAGUUGACCUCAGCCUUGAAGUAAUAGAACUUGUAUUCUCCGUGGAUUUUGUAACUAGAAUAUUAUUUUCCUUUCUUGGGACUGUAAUAAAACCAGUGCAAGAAGACUGAAGAUUGUAAUAUAAAUGUGCCAAUAAAUAAACACCAGUAUUUCACUUUUA